AUGCUGCAGGUAGAGCAUCUUCAGCUUAAACGCGUCCUGCAGGCCGUGUCUGCGCUGGAGGCGGUGGUCCUCCGCAGCUUUGGACCCGAUGGGGGCCAGGUGCUCUUCACACGCGACACGGGACAAGUGAUGCUAAGUCGCAAUGGGACGCGCACUCUCACGGCGCUGCGGCUGGAGCAUCCGAUAGCCAGAAUGGCGGUGGAGUGUGUGUGGAAACACAGCGCUGUAACAGGGGACGGAUCAAAGACCUUCAUCAUACUGCUGGCAUCACUACUGCGGAGGAUAUGCGCUGUGGCCUGUAAGGACCCUGAAGCGUCUCGCAUCUAUAUCUCCAGAGAAGCCGGACAGGCUGCUGCUGCCAGGCGCUUGACUGAGGAGCUGCUGGCUUUUGGGUCUGAGGAGCUGGUUGAUGUUAUCGCUGCAGGAGUGGUUCCUUAUGGGGGUACUCUUUUGAGGGUGGGUGGAAAAUAUACUGACACUACUAACACCAAGACCCUUCAGAGGCUGUUGGCAUCUUUUUUUCUCACCCGUCUGGGGCACAACCACUGGGAUUUCAUCAGUCGUCUCACCUGCGAAUUUCUCUCCCACUGGAGGUGUCACGACGAUUGGCUGUCCCUCCGCGUCAUACUUGAUAACUUUGCUGCAUUACAUACACCCGUUUCAGGCUUUCCUGUUAGUUGCUCACGAUUGAUUGAGGGGCAGGUCAUUCACAGGGACUUCUCUACACCUCACCCUCAGACUGACCAACAACCAAUCAAAGCUGUGGUAGUGAGUAGGGACCUGCAGCCAAAUGUGCUAAGUGGAGAAGUGUUGGAGCUGGGAGGUGGGAAGGGAGAGACAGGCGGGAAGGAGGAAAGCAUUUUGAGGUAUUGUGCCUGGGCAGAGAGGUCUCUAGAGAGUGUGAUUGAAACACUGCAAGAUGUGGGUAUCGUUCUUGUGUUAUCUACAGUGAAACAGUCUGCCGCUUCUUUGGCUUUGGCUCGCCAGGCUGGGAUGUGUGUGGUGGAGUGUGUCAGUGAAGAUGAGCUUUCUCUCUUUGCCCAGCUAAGUGGAGUUAGGCCUGUCUCAGACUUCCGGCUGAUUGGACCAGAGCAUGUCGCUAUGCUGACCUGCCGACCAAUACUGCUGGGAGCCCACAGGUACGUCCAUGUGGCUUUCCCUGAGAGUGAGGGAAGGAUCCAAGUUAAGCCCUACAGUUUAGUGAUCUGUGGCCCAGGGGAAGGGCAGACAGACCAGUGUGCGUGUGCAUUGCAAGAUGCUAUCCGCAUGUUAUUCAGCACCUGGGAGCCCCAACGAGCCACUGGAACCGGACUAUUGGAAAGAGCCUCCCACUCGCACAAAAGCAAACCUUCACACUGGGAGGAUUACAAGCACAAAACCACACACACAUUCACAAACGAUCCUCCCUCCCAGAAGUGUGUGUUAGAGCCAGGUUCUGUCAUACCUGUUGGCGGGACGUUUGAGUUUUUGUUGCAUCAUGCCCUCCUACAGCACGGUUACUCUUGCUCAGUCUCAGAUUCUCAUACUCUCUCUCGCAUGGAAGUAGGUCUCCCUGCAAAACAUCUGUUAGCAGAUGCUCUGCUGAGCGUGCCCAAACAAAUAUACUCCAGCAGCCCUCGACGCUUCCUGCAGGCUCAAACCCAAGUGAUGCGCUAUAUGCAAAGCUAUAGUGGUCCUCUUGGGUGUGAAGAUGAGCAUAACAGAGGCUUUGUGAAGUGUCGUGGGCAUGUGGAGGGUGGUGGACUGAGCCAAGCCUGUUCGAGAAAAGUUGACACAGGCUUACAAGUUUCUGUGUUUGACUCAGGCAUCGAGUCUGUCUCGUGUAAAUACCAGCUCAUUUUGGAUGUGCUGCAGUGUUUGAGGAGUCUUUUGCGGGCGGACACUCUACUGUGGACACACACAUUGGUACAUCCACAGUCACAUAGGAAAGCUGACACUUCCCCAGUGGACACAGAUGAAGAGGAUGAUCACUGAGGUUGCUUGGGGUGUCGACAUAGGUGUCAUAAACGCCAUAAACAUUUUUCUUUCAUCACUGACUCAAGUGUCACUCAAUUUGGACAUUAACACUUGAACUCAGCUGUGAACAUUCUGUAUUGUCCCAUUAUUAUAUUAUUGUUAUUAUUCGUGUUUCCAGUUUUACAUCCUGUAGAGCCGGGUCCAAACUGUGGACCUGAGGCGCUAUAGGGCAGAUGUCACUUGAUUGACAGUACUCGUCGUAACAUGUGCGCUGUUCCGAGUAGGGCGAUCUUCUGGACAGCAUGGAUGUUGAUUUUUGCCCAGGAUAUGGUUGGUGAACUUUGCACUUGGUCAGCUUCUCUGUGACUUUCACUGAGGUGUGUUGUUCGGCUGGUAUAGCCAUGUCUAUGGGCACCUCUUUUCCUUCCUGUCCUUGAUAACGAUUAUUAUUAUUAUUAUAUACCUUAGGGCAAUAUUUUCUGUAAUAUAUUUGUCUCUGUGUUUUAUGUGCCAACCCAGGAAGAGACA